AUGGAGCCGGCCCAGGUCAGAGCCCAGGGGCCUCAGCCCAGCCUGGGCAGCUUCCGGGUGCAGGAGCUGAGCUGGCCAGGCCUCCACAACCCCUGCCCACAGAGCAAGGGUUCCGGCAGCCGAGGGGCCGGCCACAGGGAGAGACCAAUGGAGGAAUACCUGUCUCCCAGCCGGCUGCAGGCUCUGGCCCAGGUGGACGACCUGCGUGUGGUCAGCGUGUUGGAGAUGUGUGUGGACAGUCACAAGAACAGCCUGGGGAACUUCGGAGUACACCUGCCCAACCUGAGCCAAUUGAAGUUGAACGGCAGCCGCCUGGCAUCCUUGAGAGACCUGGGCACAUCCCUAGGCCACCUGCAGGUGCUCUGGCUGGCUCGCUGUGGCUUGUCUGAUCUAGACGGCAUCGGCUCCUUCCCGGCCCUGAAGGAACUCUAUGUCGCCUACAACAACAUCUCGGACCUGAGCCCACUGUGCCUGCUCGAGCAGCUGGAAGUGCUGGACCUGGAGGGCAACAGCGUGGAGGACCUGGGGCAGGUGCGCUACCUGCAGCUGUGCCCCCGGCUGUCCACACUCACCCUGGAGGGUAACCUGGUGUGCUUGCGGCCUGGCCCUGGCCUCUCCAACAAGGCACCCCGGGGCUACAACUACCGGACAGAGGUGCGGAGACUCAUCCCCCAGCUUCAGGUCCUGGACGAGGCCCCUGCUGCACAGACGGGCCUGCUGGCCGCCCGGACACUAACCCAGGACUGGCUCAUGGUGAAGGAGGCCAUCAGGGAGGGCGGUGUCCUGGACAGCCUGCUGCCUGGACCGGGUACGGGCCACGGAGCCCCCAUGAAGUCCCUACCUGAAGCCCAGCCCCGGGUCCCCAGCCUCUGGCCCCUCUCCCUACUGCUUCCUGAGGACCACCUGCCAGAAGGCCUGUUCCCCAAAGACGGGACCCCAGAAGAUGAUGCCAGCAACCUCACCCAUGGCACCAGCCAUGUCCUCUGUGGGAAUCCUACCAAAGGCCUACGGGAGCGAAGACACAAGUCCCAGGCCUGGGCAUCUAGGGAGCAGCUGACCCGACACAGGCCGGAGAAUCUCCUAACCAGCGCCUCUGCCCCAGGGUCGGAUCCCGCAGCUGGCUCUGACCACCUAGCCUUGGCCAAGCUCCAGACGUGGAGGGAGCUUUGCCCAUGUCCCCUCCCCUGUAGGCAUCUGAAGUCCAGGAAGGAAGGGACAGCAGCUUCCCAGGGUCCACAGAGGUGCUCUAAAGGGGAAAAGAAUGAGGCUGGGCCCCAAGCUGCCCCUGGACAUCCCAGCUUGGCCCCAGAGUGCUCAGGGGCCUCGGGCUGUAAACUGAUCCCCUCUCCCCCCAAGUGCCCGAUGCCACCCGACUCAGGCACCAGCUCUUGGGGGUCCACAGAGCAGCCAUUCAGGGGUCGUCGGCUCAGGGGCCUGGGUCAGGGGUUGGCAGCUGUGACUGCCCUGAGAGCCCUGGACAUCACCUCAGGCCAGAGCCCUAGAGCCCACCGACAUCCCACCCCACAGCCAGCCUUGGAUGUGGCAACCAGACUGCCAGGACUCCGGUGCAUGCAAUCCUUGGAUCCCAUCCCCCCGGUCCAGUCCCACCCUUAG